GGUGGCUGAGUGGUUGGCGGCGUGAAAAUGGCGGCUGGGCCGAUCUCAGAACGGAACCAGGAUGCCACGGUGUAUGUUGGAGGCCUGGAUGAAAAGGUGUCUGAGCCUCUCCUAUGGGAGCUCUUCUUACAAGCAGGGCCGGUAGUGAAUACACACAUGCCCAAAGACAGAGUCACGGGGCAACAUCAAGGUUAUGGCUUUGUGGAGUUUCUGAGUGAAGAGGAUGCUGAUUACGCCAUAAAGAUUAUGAACAUGAUAAAGCUCUAUGGGAAACCCAUAAGAGUAAAUAAAGCCUCGGCACACAACAAGAACCUGGAUGUGGGCGCCAACAUCUUCAUUGGCAACCUGGACCCUGAGAUUGAUGAAAAGUUGCUCUACGACACCUUCAGUGCUUUUGGGGUCAUCCUGCAGACCCCCAAGAUCAUGAGAGAUCCGGACACCGGCAACUCCAAAGGCUACGCCUUCAUCAAUUACGCCAGUUUUGAUGCCUCGGAUGCAGCCAUCGAGGCCAUGAAUGGACAGUACUUGUGCAACAGGCCCAUCACUGUUUCUUAUGCUUUCAAGAAGGACUCCAAAGGAGAGCGGCACGGCUCAGCAGCAGAGAGAUUGCUGGCCGCCCAGAAUCCACUUUCACAGGCCGACCGGCCUCACCAGCUUUUCGCCGACGCCCCUCCCCCUCCAUCUGUACCAGCUGUCAUUACGUCAUUGACCAGCGCAGUUGCUGCAGGUAUUCCCACAUUUCCUCCUGUUCCUCCACCUGGAGCGAUGCCUCCUGGGAUUCCACCCUCCAUGCCUCCUCCACCAAUGUCUCCUGUCACAGGCGCUGGGCAAGCUACAGCCGCUCCUCAAGUCCCGCUUCCCUUUCAGUCUACAGCUAUGCACCCAGGUAUGCAGAUGCAGAUUCCACACCCCUCUAUCCCAGGAACACGCCCACCAGGAAUGGGGCCACCAGGACCUCCUCCUAUGGGAAUGCCACCAAGAGCUCCACCAUUUGGAGCCAUGGGUCACCCAGGCAUGCCUCCAGGUAUGAGGCCACCACCCCUGAUGCCGCCAUACAACGGCCCCCCACGACCCCCGCCAUACGGUUACCAACGUGCCCCACUACCCUUGCCCCGACCUGCUCCACCUCGACCUCCAAUGAGGCUCCCCAUGACACAGUGAAUAGAAGAAACGGACUCCCCUUCAGCUUGUGUAACAUGUCCUCCCUACGGACCAUCACAACUCGUCAGCAUUUGAGCUCAUUUCCUUUUCAGAUUCAGCUAUUAAAGGGAUAAUGUCAUGGGGGGGGGGAAAUGUUUUUUAAAAUGCAUCAGUUAAUAGUGCUGCUCCAGCAGAAUUCUGCCCUGAAAGACGUUUUUCAAAAGAGCAAACAGAUUUUUUUAUAUUUAAUUUUGAAAUCUGACAUGGGGCUAGACAUAUUGUCAGUUUCCCAGCUGCCCCCAAGUCAUGUGCUCUAAUAAACCAGUCACUCUUUACUGCUGUACUGCAAGUUGGGGUGAUAUCACCCCCCUCCCUUUCCCCCCAGCAGCCUAAAGAUGGCUAUACACGGGCAGAUUAAAGCUGCCGAUAUAGAUCCUUUAGACAGAUUCGGCAGUUUAUCUGCCCAUGCGUUGAGGCUCCCGACAGGUCCUCCCGAUCGAUAUCAGGCCAAAAAUCGGCAAGAUAUCGAUCGGUCAAGUUUGAUUUUUUUUUCUCCGAUCCAGGACCGCAUCGGCUAGUUGAUGCGGUCCUGCGACCUGUUGGCGCACAUUUGUAGCAUUGUAAUCCGAUGUUCGGCCCCAGGGCCUAACGUUCGGAUUCACCCAAUAUCGGCCAGCAGUUUUUUAAAAAGAGCAAACGUAUUUUUUUAUAUUUAAUUUUGAAAUCUGACACUGGGCUUGAUAUAUUGUCAGUUUCCCAGCUGCCCCAUGUCAUGUGACUUGUGCUCUGAUAAAUUCAGUCACUCUUUACUACUUUACUACCCUUUCCCCCCAGCAGCCUAACAACAGAACAAUGGGAAGGUAACCAGAUAGCAGCUCCCUAACACAAGAUAACAGCUGCCUGGUAGAUCUAAGAACAACACUCAAUAGUAAAAUCCAGGUCCCACUGCGACACAUUCAGUUACAUUGAGUAGGAGAAACAACAGCCUGCCAGAAAGCAGUUCCAUCCUAAAGUGCUGGCUCUUUCUGAAAGCACAUGACCAGGCAAAAUGACCUGAGAUGCACCUACACACCAAUAUUACAACUAAAUACAAGUGUAAACAGUGUGACUUAGGAAUAAAAACAAAAUCAUGACGGAAUCCCUUUAUUUUGCAUGUACAGAUGUACAGAAUUGUUUUGUAAACGAAGGACUCUGGGAAUUCCUCCACAGGGGUCUGUAGUCCUUUUUACAUUCCAUGGCUGGAAUUAAUAUCCAUGCAGUUUGUAUGUUAUUGCCAUGUAGGUAUGUGAAUUGCGUUGCUUCAAUAAAUUGAAAACUCCAGACAUUUGAGAUUUCCUCCAACCCAUCCUUUUUGUUUUUAAUUCUUCUUAGUCUGAUUUAAUAACUUGUUUUUUAUUAAACAAAGAUUUAAUUGAAAUAAAAGGAGAAAAAAAAAGGAA